AUGGCCAGGAUCUGGACCUUUUUGAUAUUACUUCCAAAUAUAUACUGUUUGAUAUGGGCAGCGGCGGCUAAAGGCAAGUGUAAUCCAGAAUGCGCAGACUAUGAUCAGACCUCCUCUCAGAUCUCCUACAACAAUGUCGUACUAUCAGACAGUGAAGGUUAUCUAGUGAAACGCCAGAGGCGAGAUGUAAUUAAGAAAUCGGAUGAAAAGAAUACAUUUUACAACAUAGAAAAAUAUGUGGAUAAAGCGGAAACAAUCCGGCUGUGGACAGAAUGGAAUAAAAUGUCACUCGAAGAAGUAUUUAACGAUGGAUAUCAUAAGGCUAAGACUUUGGAGCUGCCAUUUGAUUUUCCAUUCUUUGGACAAAAUAUUCGUAAGGUCACUGUGACCACGGGAGGAUUUAUGUACACAGUAAAACAAGUACACUCGGGGUUGGCAGCAAUACAGUAUAUUGCACCGCUUAUGGCCAAUUUUAAAGUAGAUAAGUCACAAGAUUCUCGUAUAUUCGUGGUAGGAAAUGGUACCGCAUUUACAGUUGUUUGGCAGAACCUCGUCAUAAAAAAUGGUACUAUGUCUAAGGCAUUCACAUUUACUGCGACGGUGCAACAGAAUGGCGAGAUUCUGUUUGUCUACUACAAUGUGCCUCUGAGAAUCGAUGCUCUUGAUAAUAGCACACAUCCCGUCAAAGUGGGUCUCUUUGAUGCCUACAUAUUUAAUUCUGUGUUCUCCGGCAGGACGACAAUUUACGAGUAUACUCGUAGUCAAAUUGAGCAAAAUGCAAUUAUUGAUGGAGCAGUUGUACGAUUAAAACCAUAGUCUACAUGUUCAGCCUACAAGGAUUGUCCGUCGUGCCUUAAUCAUGACAUUACGCUUGAGUGCAAAUAGUGUACGGCUGUAAAUCGUUGUUCAAAAAUAGAUGGCUUGGAUCGUGGGAAGCAGCAGUGGAAAUUAAGCGGGUGUGAAAUAGAAGCUAUUGGCAAAGGAGGCAGCUGCCCAGCUCCAAAACCGUUCAAUACAACCCAAGUCCGCGAUUCAACAACUUAUCAACCUAUGGAGACAACUUAACAGAACUCCACUGUAGUUCCAGUUUCCACAGAGAGCAGUACCAUGCCAUAAGCCAACUUUAACGAAAACCAUCAGUGAAUGCGUACAACAAUGUUUCAAAACAGUCAUUUAAUAUUAACAUUUUUUUCACUAUACAAAUUUAUAAAUAUAGGAAGUUUAAUUGGACUAGACUGACAA